AGUGUAUAGGUUAAGGUACGGUAUCAACCGCUUUCCGGCUGUUAUCCCGGCAUGGUUACCUAGUGAGAGAAACGCUCCAAGUUUCGUACAAAAGCUAGGAAACACCAACAACUUUCACAGUAACUUUGCAAUAACUUUCACCAAGCAGACCUUAGUGACGGCAUUUUCCAUAUCUAGUACCCUCAAUUCAGCGAACUUCGGGGAUUACACCCACAUCAAAGAACAUGCUCCCCCAUAUCAUAACCCUCCUUCUCCUCCCCCUUGGCGCCCUCACCGCUGCCGUCGUCCCUUCCUCACCGCAACAACUCGCCUCACUCGAACCCCGGGCCGUCUCCCCCAAUAAGACGUGCGGCACAUCCAACUCGGGCUACACGUGCCCGUCCGACGCCGCGUGCUGCUCGCAGUACGGCUACUGCGGCACCACUGAGGCCUUUUGCCUUACCACGGCCGGCUGCCAGACGCGCUACUCCAACUCGUCGAGCGCCUGCUACGCGCCCAAGCCUGGUGUUUCUAUCUCGAUUGAUGGGACUUGUGGAUCCACGGGAGCCGGAAAGAACGGGUAUAGAUGCUUUGCAAACGCGACAGUCACGAGCUGUUGUAGUGCUGCGUGAGUCCUGAAAUCCCUGAGGAUGUCCUGAGGACCUGACCAGAAACAGGGGAUGGUGUGGCACGACAGUCGAUCAUUGUGAUGUCAAGAAUGGGUGCCAGGCUGGGUUUGGGAAUUGUACGGGCACGAAAAGCAAGCGGAACCUGCUUGGGGCUCUGCUGUAUUAAGGGUUGAGGGGAACGAGAAGGUGGUCAAGGAAUAAAAAGGAUCAACGACUUGGAGACGACGACGGUUGUGAGGGAGAUACGCCGGCAACUUAACUUGAAAGCUGGACGAACCCCUAUUUGCCACUGUUCUUUUCACUGGCCCCCAUCGACCGUGCGAUGCAGAUUAAAUCCACCUCUCGUC